AUGACCGAUAGUAACAAUCAGGACUGGUUUCAGCAUCCAAGCAGGUUGGCAAACUUGGCGCAGCAUCAGGGUAAAGUGCAGACUCAUUUAGGUUACAUUGGAGUAUUUUUAAGUGACACAUUGUACUUUGUUCAUCCUUCUGCGUGCACUUUUUUGUCUGUACAACACUUUGGCCGACCGAGGUUGUUUUCAAAAGUGCGAUAUAAAUGAAUCUAGUGAGGUGAAGCGGCCUCUGAGAAACCAGAAUGAUGACAUAGCAAACGUGGCGAUAUCAUCAGCCGAGAAAAAAAAAAAGAAAAGACGACACACACUGAAGAGUGGCUGUAUUCGAAGACAGACGCACCCGAGGCGAGGCCGCACCGCCGUUUGGAGCAUGAGGGCGAAGCUGGAAAUCCUGGCCAUGGUUUUGGGCUUCUUGGGCCUGUUCGGCGUGGUGGCGGCCGCGGCCAUGCCCAUGUGGAGGGUGUCGGCCUUCAUCGGCGCUAACCUGAUCGUGAUGGAGGUGCUGUGGGAGGGCCUGUGGAUGAACUGCUACAACCAGGCCGACAUAAAGAUGCAGUGCAAGGGCUACGACUCGCUGCUCAUUCUGCCGCCCGAGCUGCAGGCCGCCCGCGGCCUCAUGGUGGUCGCCGCCGUGCUGGUGGUCGUGGCCUUGUUUGUGGCCGGCUUCACCAUGAAGAGGACCACGUGCUGCGAGGACCACCCGAGGGCCAAGAACGUCACCCUGGCCUUCGCCGCCAGCUUGUUCCUGCUGGCCUGCCUACUAGCGCUCAUCCCCGUGUGCUGGGUAGCGCACACCGUCAUCCGGGACUUCUACAACCCCACGGUGGUGGACUCGCGCAAGCGGGAGCUGGGGGCGUCGCUCUUCAUCGGCUGGGCCACCUGCGGCCUCCUGCUGGCCGCCGGCGUGGUCUUGGUCCUCAGCUACCACAAGCGCAGGUCCAAGGAGUACCAGCCCUACGCGGGCACCUACCUGGUGGGCGCCAGCAGCGUGCGCAGCGGGAGGGCGCCGUCCAGCUUCCACAAGGUUCAUGAAUACGUUUGACGUCUGCUUCCUGGUUCGUCUUUCUUUAUAUUCUUCUGCUCUGAAAUCCACCGACAUUGGACUUGAUUUCUAGAAUGAUGAUUGUGUUUAUUUAAGGAAAUAAUUGUAUCAUUUUAUACUUUGUUGUGCGUUUUUUGCUGACUCAGGUAACAAACUACUAACAGCAGUGCAGUUCUACAAUAAUUACAACAACAGUAAAUACAUCUGUGCAUUCUUAUUAGACUGAAGGCAGACUUUUGGAUAUGGAUCAAUACUCAUCUUGUGAGAGGCCAGUAAACUUAUGUCUUUAUGUAUAAAAUCAAUCGUUUCGAUCAGGGGUUCUUAACCUUUUUUGACCCCGGGGCCCAACUUUUUCGACUAAAGAAGGGCCAACUACACAGGAACGCGAACACACACAUACAUAUAUAUAUAUAUAUAUAUAUAUAUAUAUAUAUAUAUAUAUAUAUAUAUAUAUAUAUAUAUAUAUAUAUAUAUAUAUAUAUAUAUAUAUAUAUAUGUAUAUAUAUAUAUAUAUAUAUAUAUAUAUAUAUAUACAUUGAUUUAUAUAUAUAUUUAUACACACACACACACACACACACACACACACACACACACACACACACACACACACACACACACUCACACACACACACACUCGUGUUUGUAUAUAAGUGUUGUCCCGAUACCAAUAUUUUGGUACCGGGACCAAAAUGUAUUUCGAUACUUUUCGGUACUUUCCAAUUUAUAAGUAAAGGCGAUCACAAAAAAAUUGCAUUAUUGGAUUUAUGCUAACAAAAAAAUCUUAGGGUAAAUUAAACAUAUGUUUAUUAUUGCAAUUUAGUCCUUAAAUAAAAUAGUGAACAUACCAGACAACUUUUCUUUUAGUAGUAAGUAAAUAAACAGACUCCCAAUUACCGUAUCUUUCGGAGUAUAAGUCGCUCCGGAGUAUAAGUCGCACCUGCCGAAAAUGCAUAAUAAAGAAGGAAAAAAACAUAUAUAAGUCGCAUUUUUGGGGGAAAUUUAUUUGAUAAAACCCAACACCAAGAAUAGACACUUGAAAGGCAAUCUAAAAUAAAUAAAGAAUAGUGGUAUUUUAACGUAUCAUAUUAUGGUAAGAGUCAUUCAAAUAACUAUAACAUAUAGAACAUGCUAUACCUUUACCAAACAAUCUGUCACUCCUGAUCGCUAAAU